GUUAUUUAUCCAGUGUGGAUGCAACGAAGCGAGAGAGAAGGAGGAGGAGGCCUCGCCCCGCCUCAAGGGCCUCCCCUUCGGUGUCUCUUCCCGAACCACGUCGCAAAGGAGCCUCCUCCUCCUCCUCCCGCCUGAAGAGAAGGAGGCAGAGAAGGGACGCCAAGGGAGAAGAGAGGAGGAAGGCGCCCAUUUGCCUCUACGGCUCAAAGUGGGCUCCGACGGGACAGGAGUGAGUAAGGGCCUCUCAGGAGACGCAGCUCCAGCCGAAGCGCCCCCGAGAAGAGGAGGAGGGCUCCCUCGGAGUUGGAGCUGGAGGAGGAGGAGGAGGAGGAGGGAAAGCACGGGGGAGUCAGGCUGCCUCUUCUUCCCGCACUGCCCCUGCUCUUCCCGAAGUAGCGCCAGGGAGAUCUCAAGACGUGCUUUUGGUCACUUUGGAUUUCUUCACAAGCUGAAAGUGACACCGGAGUUGGAACUGGUAUCCUUCUGGGAGUACAGUCUGCAGUUACCAGGAAGCCUGAGAACGAUACAAGUGUUGAUAUUGUUGUUUUUAUCUAGUUUUGAGUUAUAAAGCCCUCCUAUUUUUAUUUUUUCAUUAAAAGCAUUAACUACAUAUUUUAAGUGAUUUUUAAAAAGAGGGCUUUAACAACUCUAUUGGCUGUUGAAUGGGAAUCUCAAGCUUAACAAAACUGAUUGACUGCAGUACUUAAAAUCCCAUUUCUUUAUUUCUUCCUGGUCUCUUGUGUGUGGAAACAAGUGAUUUUUUUUAAAAAAUGGAUAAAUAUGAUGAUCUUGAUCUGGAGGCAAGUAAAUUCAUAGAAGAUCUCAAUAUGUAUGAAGCUUCCAAAGAUGGGCUCUUCCGAGUAGACAAAGGAGUUGGGAAUAACCCAGAAUUUGAAGAAACCAGAAGAGUGUUUGCUACAAAAAUGGCCAAAAUCCACCUUCAGAAACAGCGAGAGCAAGAGGAGCUGAUGAAGGCAACCUCUAGGGUUCCAAGCAACGGGGCCACCCUUGGUCCUCAGCAUCAGCUCCCAGGGCAUCCUGUAGCCAGAGGCCCUGGAGGGACAAAUAAACUGCACUCAGGUGAAAAUAUUGCAAAGCCCCCCCUGGCUGCAUCAUCAUCGGUGUGUGCAGGCCAUCACCUCUCCUUCCCAAACCAGCCCCAAGGUUAUACUGAAGGAGAGCGAGCAAAAUUGUACCCAGAAGGCAAUAGAGGCAGCGGUGACUAUGGAUACAGUGAGGGCCUAGAAGCUUCCAGAGGACAUGGUAAUCAAAGGGCAGGGCAGAUGAAUCUAUGUAGUUCCAAGACAACUUUUCCCUCCCUUUCUCAGGAAGAGUCCAAUAAUGGUGAAAAUCAGAUGGGCAGUCAAGGUUGGGGAAGAGAUGCUGGGAAGUUUUCUAGCAUGAAGGCCAGCCCGGGCUCCCAUUUAUGGUCAAGCACCAAUCAUGAUGAAUCCUUUCAGAAACAUCCAACAAAACCUCAAGCAGAUCUUCUUCCAUACCAGCAAUCACGUAACUCCUUCAGGUCUUCAGAGAGUGGGUACGGAAGUCAGGAAAGUGGAGGCGAAGGACCUGGGCUUGGUCAAAGCUAUGACCCAAACCCAAGGAGUCAGAGGUCAUCGUCUUUCUCAAAUGCCUGUAGUCCCUUGUCCUCCACAGUUGGGGUUGGUGAUGAAUUGCCUGCAGGGUAUUCACAGCAGAGGGCUUCCUCAUUCUCUGCAUCAUCAGGGCACCCUUCUCAGACUCUUUUGAAUCGGUCUGAUAAUUUUCAUCCAAACUGUGACGUUGAGGUGUGGACUUCUGGUACCUCAACUAAAGGCCCUGGUGACAAUCAUUCAAUAUGUAAGGAUAAUAUUCAACCUUCAAUUUCCGGUUCACUUCCUACUCCGCUACCUCCAAGUGUAGACUGUCAGCAAGCUAACACUCAUCCAAAGCCUGGUGGUCAUUUUGUAGUUCAUGGUCAAAAUCACAGGCUUAAUUCUGCUGUGUCUGGCAUGAGUCCUGAGCAGAAUUGCAUCAGUGUAACAUCUCAUGGACCAAUGAUUUCCAAUGUUCCAAAAUCUCCUUUUAAAGAGGGCAUCGGCACUCUGCAGCGUGACUCUGGUCACCAGGAAACUUCCACUUCUGCAAAAAUAAAACUACCCUGUCAGACACUCCUUUCACAGCAAGAACAAGGACCAUCUACUGCUGAAUUAAAAUUAGAAGCUCUUACCCAGCGUCUGGAGCAGGAGAUGGAUACUUGUCCAAAGGCUGACUACUUUGGAACCUGUGUGAAGUGCAGCAAAGGUGUCUAUGGUGCAAACCAGGCUUGCCAGGCAAUGGGAAAUCUCUACCAUGAUGGAUGCUUUACCUGUGGAGCUUGCAGUCGAAAGCUGAGAGGGAAAGCUUUUUAUUUUGUUAACGGAAAGGUGUUUUGUGAAGAAGACUUCCUGUAUUCAGGUUUCCAGCAGUCAGCUGACAGAUGUUUCAUAUGUGGACAUUUAAUCAUGGACAUGAUUUUGCAAGCUCUAGGGAAGUCGUAUCAUCCUGGCUGCUUCCGUUGCAUCAUCUGUAAUGACUGUCUCGAUGGAGUUCCAUUCACAGUUGACAGCGACAACAAAAUCUACUGUGUCCGAGAUUACCACAAAGUUUUAGCUCCAAAAUGUUCAGCUUGUGGCCUUCCCAUUCUGCCAAGUGAGGGUUCUGACGAGACUAUCCGUGUUGUGUCAAUGGACAAGGAUUACCAUGUGGAAUGUUACCGCUGUGAGGACUGUGGCACAGAGCUCAACGAUGAAGAUGGGCAUCGCUGUUAUCCCCUGGAUGAACAUUUAUUGUGCCAUUCCUGUCACCUUAAGCAUAUAGAGAAAGGAUCAACUUCUGUACCUUCAUACCGGCAUCAUUACUAGUCAUCACUGCCAAAAUUCCUAGAAGCCUGUCAAGGAAAUAUAACUGUUUUAGCUGUUCAUUUCCCUCAGUUGUAAUUUGCGGUAAGAGGACAUUAAAAGAGGCCUGGUCUUGUUCCAUGCAUUUUAUGCACCAGAAAUUUACACAAAAGAUGUAGUUUUAUCCAGAGCUACUUGUGGUUUGUGUAUUCCCCCACCUCUUUUGAAGAACAGGAUGAAGAAGGUAAAGAGAUGGUAUGUUUUCUCCUGAGUCCUUUCAAAAGAACACGUUAAUAAGAAAUUAGGUUCCAACAAAUUAUUUACUAAAUGGUUCCUUGUUACAAAAUGUGUAUACUGAUACUUAGGUGCUUGUCUAACAUAGUGGCCUUUAUUUUUAUAGUCCACCUCACCAGCUGCUCUACUCAGUGAGUAAACCCCAAGUUUCUUGCUACAGGAAUCUACUGUGCCAACCCUGUUGUGGGAAUAUGGGUGUUCAGUUUUUAGUGAGAAGGGUUGCUGAGAAAUAAUCAUACUCCCCUCCCCCUUUUUACAUUGUAGGGAAAGUUUUGUUUUAUAACCCACUGUUUUUGUUCUGAAGAAGACACUGAAAUUUUAUAUCUAGAUACAAGAUUCUUACCAUAGAAAUCCAGUCUUCCCUGUCUGUUUAUAGUGCAUGGAUAUCACCAGCACUGAUGUGAAACCAUAGAACAAUUCAGGAGUGUACAUUAAGAUGAUUUAUGCAGCUCACUGCUUAAAUUUCUGCUUCUUUUGAGUGGUUGAAACAACCUGAGAUCACUGUGAGGAUUUCUUUUAUGUAUAGCUUUGGGAUCUGUUCUUCAAUCACUGACUGCAAACUGAUAAGUAAAACAAUUUAUUUCUAGAACAAGAUCUUCUAUACUGUACUGUUUGUCUAGGAAAGAGAAAUCACCUAUUGUUGUGAAUGAUAACAUUUGUGCCUUAUGAAAACAUAAACUCUACAAUUAAGUGUGUAUUUAAUAAAUGUGAUAUGGGCUAUAGAAUAUUUGUCUACUUUCAGUUAUUAAUACAUGGGAUAAAUGAAACAGAUGGUUAAUUUACCUCAGAGAUCUACCAGCUGAUUGUUUCAAUGCAACCAGAGCUGCUUUGAAUGUUAAUAAACUAAUUCUGUGUCAGA